GGCGGGAUCACGUACCCUAUAAGACUACAGGAAAGUCCGAUCUGCGCCUGCUUCCCAGGUUUUGCGUUCUUGUCUUUCUGUCCCCUUCCUCCCGCUCUCCAGUCCGGGCCCGAGAAGAGGAAGACGAAGGCCCCAGGAGCGUAUCAUUUGCGGAAGUGAAGAAAGGAGACGCAGAGGCUUCUGUGCGGAGAGGAGCACAGAGCAGGAGAGAGGGACAGCGAGGGAGGGAGACGGAGAGUGAGUGAGUGAGUGAGUGAGUGAGUGAGAAGCCAUGGCGUCGCAGGUCUGGCGUCGGACAUCAAAGCUUCUGCAGCAAUCGGCGUCGCUGGCGGGAGCGUCGACGCGCCAGGCCGCGGUGCCGCUGUCCAAUGCGUUCCAUCAGAAGAUCUUCUCGCGAGACCUGACGAUCGACAUCCCCACGCCGUUCAAGGCGCACAAAUGCGAUCCCCCGUCGCUGUCCGUGGAGACGUCCCCCGAGGAGCUCAUGGGCUUCUUCAAGACCAUGUACAGCAUGCGGAGGAUGGAAAUUGCGGCCGAUUCGCUCUACAAGACGAAGUUCAUCCGGGGAUUCUGUCACUUGUACGAUGGCCAGGAGGCCGUGUGCGUGGGGAUGGAGGCCGCUCUGACACCCAAGGACUGUAUCAUCACCGCUUACCGGGACCACUGCACGCAUUUGGGUCGAGGAGGUACUAUCUAUGAAGUGUUCGCCGAAUUGAUGGGUCGUAUUGACGGGUGCUCGUUAGGGAAGGGUGGAUCUAUGCACAUGUACAACAAGGCCGGAGGUUUCUUCGGAGGAAAUGGAAUUGUGGGUGCCCAAACUCCUCUCGGUGCCGGUUUGGCAUUCGCCCAAAAGUACUUGAAGGUGGACGGCGUCACCAUGGCUCUGUAUGGAGAUGGUGCCGCUAACCAGGGACAGCUCUUCGAGGCCAUGAACAUUUCUGCUCUUUGGGAUCUGCCCGUGAUCUAUGUCUGCGAGAACAAUCACUACGGCAUGGGAACAGCCGAGUGGAGAUCAGCCAAGAGCCCCGAGUACUACAAGCGUGGUGACUACGUUCCCGGCCUCAAGGUCGAUGGAAUGGACUGCCUGGCUGUGAAGCAAGCUGUGGCUUACGCCAAGACCCACGCCCUGGCAAAGGGACCCUUCGUGCUCGAGUUCGAUACCUACCGAUACCACGGCCACUCCAUGUCCGACCCAGGAAGCACUUACCGUACCAGGGACGAGAUCAGCGGAGUUCGACAGGAACGUGAUCCCAUCGAGAGAAUUAGGAAGCUUUUGAUCGCGCAGGAAAUCGCCACCGUUGCCGACUUGAAGAAUGUCGAGAAGGAAGCGAAGAAGGCAGUGGAUGAUGCUUUGGCGAAGGCCAAGGAGAGCCCCCAGCCUCCUCUGGAAGAGCUCUGGUCGAACGUCUACGCCAAGAGCCUGGAUGCCGAGGUGUACGGCGCGGACAGGAAGGAAGUGACAGUGAAGCUGACAUGAGCACGGGCGACUGGGCUGGCUUUUCAAAGCUUCUAAGUUUUGCGACAUUGAUGAAAAAAAUAUUGCAGUAUGAGUUCUAUACAUGAGAGGAUAAAAUUUGCCCCAUCGUCAAGAUCAGCUGUCUGGGAAUGGUACUACAGAGUCUGAGAUCUGACAUGAGUGUCGGAGCUGCAAUCCUCCCAAGCUUGAAGUACAGAUCACGGAACCAUCGGACAUCAGAGGGUUGGCAGACUUGAUGACUCUACUGCAUCCGAAUAAGCUGGACAGGACGAGGAACGUGGGUAAUCCUCUCAAAUCGAGGUGAAUUUUGGACAUCGCAAGGGUUUUGCCAUGUUGCUUAUUAUCAUUCAGAGAUGAACUGUCUUGACACUCAAGCGCAACCUUCUCGCUUCGUGAUGCUCUCUGUAUCUUGGAGGCUCAAGACCGAGGGGUUCAUGAAAUUCUUACGUAAAAUAGGUCAAUUCCAUGUGAAAUAUUGUUGUGCCUCUCAUUUUGGAAUCACUAGCUCCUUCACUUUCGCCAUUGGUCCUCCUUUGAUUCAUGAGAUACUUGGCAUUCUGGUCUGUACACCUUCCUGUUGCAAUGAGCACGAUGACACCAGGCAUUCGAUCUUUGGGCCAGAAUCUGUUGGACCUUAAAGUGUGCUAUUUCGAGAUUCCUUGCAUUUGGUGUUCUUUGAUGUCCGGGUUUCUAGUAAACCACGAUUUAAGUUCGCUUGUACAUCAAUAAAGGCAAUCUGACAAGGGCAAGAAUUUGAAUAC